GGCCCGGCCUGGACCGGUGCAGGGGCCAUGUCGGCGCCUCCCGCCCUGCAAAUCCGGGAGGCGAACGCACACCUGGCGGCGGUUCACCGGCGCGCGGCGGAGCUGGAGGCACGGCUGGACGCGGCGGAGCGCACGGUGCACGCCCAGGCCGAACGCCUGGCCCGCCACGACCAGCUGCUGCGCGCCGCGCUGGACGAGCUGGGCCGCGCCAAGGACCGCGAGAUUGCCACUCUCCGGGAGCAGCUGCUGACCUCUGAGGCUACUGUCCACAGCCUGCAGGCCACUGUGCAUCAGAGGGAUGAACUCGUCAAGCAGUUGCAGCCCCGGGCUGAGCUGCUGCAGGACAUCUGUCGCUGCCGGCUGCCCCUGGCCAGGCUGCUGGCUUCCCUGGCUGAGGCUGAGCGCCUGGGACCCCUGCCAUCCAAUGACUCCAGCCACCCACUCCCCGGUGGGCCUGGUCCACCCCUUGCCAACAGCACUGGGGAAGAGGGGGACAGGGACCAGCUCCAGCCUGCGGUGUUUGGGACCACAGUGUGAUCGCAGAGCACAGAUUCCAGAAUGGAGACAGAAGGCCACUGCUGUGGGUGUCCUCAGGGGUCACCAAUGUUCUGGAGGGGACCCUGUGGCAGAGCCAUAAUCCUGUCCAAGCAUCAAAACAAGGUGAAAAGUCAAAGUUUUCAAACAGGCCUACAGGCCAAAUGCAGAUGUUUAACCCAGACAGAUUUUUUUUUUUUUUAAAGUUGUCUUUUUUUUUUUUUAAAGUUGCAAUCAAUCAUCCUUGUUGAAAAACUGGCAAUGCUUACACAAAAAUCUGGCUUUCUGGCAAGACUGGGCAUGCUUGGUUGGAUCUGAGUCUAGGGUACCCCUUGAGCCGGAGUGAGUUUCAACUGGUCCCUCACUUCUCUUAGGUUAUCUGUCCGGGCCCUGAAGGAUCUGAAUUUGAGAGCUCCCCCCGCCCACCUCUGGUGGAGGCAGGUGAUAUCAAGUUCCACAUUAUUUGAGUUGUUUUCUGCCCUUUUCUUAUUUUUCCUAAAGCAGCCCCCAUGUCAGGGCUGAAGCUUUUCCUUACGUCUGUAUCCCAGACCAGAUUUGGGAGCCUCCAACAUGAUGCCAUUUUAUGUUGGUUAGAUGAAGACAGAUUUUUAAUCCUAGAUCUCUUUUCCCUAACUGCUCUUCCCCGAACCUUUCACCCAGAAGGAAGAGCAGGCAGGUGACACAACCAGGCUGCCCAGGAAAAUGCAUGCACCCCUGAUGGCAUUUCCUGAUGGGUCCAUCCUGCCUCAGGGCCUUUGCACUGGCUGUUACCUCUGCCUAUUGUAGAAUGCUCUUCCCCUACAUACUCAUGAUUGGUUCCCUGUCACCCAGGUUUUUGCUCAGAUGUCAUCUUCUCAGGCCCUUCUCCCUCCCCACCCCUGCCAUCACGCCAUUUUAUUUUCUUUAUGGAACUUCUUACCAUCUUACUGUCAGAGUGUAAGCUCGGUGAGGACAGGGAUUUUUGUCAGUCUUGUUCCCUGUUUGUCACCAGUGCCUGACAUACUCCGGGAGCCCCCGCAGGAAUAGGAUGGGUCUGUGGGCCCUGAAGGGAACCAGGGGCCCCCACCUCCGGGCCUAGCUUUUGUAGCAAGCAGCUAUCUCAUUUUUAUACAGCCUAGAGAAUCUAUUUUUUAAUUCCUUGUUUCUACACUGUCUUUGGCCCAGGACAUCAGGGCGCUUUGCUUUUUGUCAAACCAGGGAAAGAACCCUUGUGCCUUCCAUGCCCAGCCUGGUGGGCAGUUGUUCCCCAGCCUCCUCACUCAGGGAAUUGUCUCGCCAGGAACUGGAACCGCCAAGGGGCAGAGCCAAUUGCAGCCCAGAAAGGUCAGCGGCCAUCCCGGCCCUCAGGGUGGCGCUGCCUGCGUGCCUGGCAUCAAACAGUGACCCCUCAGUGCAGAAACAAUGGCCCCAUUUUCUUCUCUGGAUAAGGGGGCACUGUUUGUACAAAGGGGAGGCAGGCUGGGGCCUGUCUGUGCUUAAGAAUAAACCAGAUGAUUUCUUGG